AUGUCGGCUCUGGCCCACGACUCGCCCGAUCGAGUGGUCACGGCCAUCGAACCUCUGACAGGAAGCGAUAACUUCGCUACCUGGAAACGUCUCAUGACCUCCUACCUAUACAGCAUGUGGAGUAUUACCACCCAUGUCCUUGCAUUUCACGGAAGCUUUCGUUCGACGCAGCAACAGAUCUACCACUGCGAGAUGUCCACCUAUUGCAGCUGCAUGGAGCGGCGUACUGUUUCUUCGGUCCAGCGCACCAUAAUCGAUGGACUUUUUGUCAAGAAGUAG